GAAGGACAAAACGUUUUGCGCGCCUGUACUUUUAGUUCUUAAACUUUUCAUCAAUUGGAUUAGAAAACAAUUCUCUUAUUUUAAGUUUAUUAAAAAAACUAACAAUGGAAGAAAAGAAACAGAAUUUAAAACGGCAAAUAGAGGAAAAAACUGAACUGCAAAAUAUUCUGUCAAAGCAAUUGAAGGAAAUUGCUACGAAAUACUUUGACUUGUUGAAGGAAAAUGAAGAAAAAGAGUUAAGUAUGACUUAUAAAAAUAAAGAUCGCGAGUUAUAUCAUCAGCUCCUGACAAAAGAAGCUGCAAAAUUAUUGGAACGAGAAAAUGCUUCCAUCAAUCAGAACUCUUUUGAGACACUUGAUAACACAGACAACAUGGACACAUUUGACUUUUCUUCACGUUACGAAAAUCUCAUCGGAAUGUUAAAACACUGCCGCGAAAAUUUUUCUGAGGAAGCCAUCGCCACAAAAACAGAAAAAGUUAAAAAGGACAUAGAAGAGGUUUUUGCUAAAUCAAUACGUCAGAAACAAUUAAAUGAAGAAAUGAAACAAGAGCUCCUCGAAGGAAAUGACAACUCAAAUGCAGUUACCUUGGCAAUGAAAAAAAAAGAACUCGAAAUGAUUUCAAACAAAGAAAAAUCGACAAAAACACGCAUACGAACUCUUAAAACUCGCUUGGACCAUAUAAAAAGUAAAAUUGAAAAGAAAGAAAAAGGGAAUCUUUUGAACUCAGCCAUUGAAUUGCCACCACUGGAACCUGAACAAUAUUUUUCCCAGCCCAUUGAAGAGGAUGCUGAACAUACAGCAAAACAAACAAAAGAUCCUAAAACUCAGUAAAUAGAACCUUAACUAACAAGGUUUGAAAUCUUGUUGAUGACGUUCAAAUAAAAUAGAAAAAUAAAAGAAAACUUGUA